AAUGCAGAGGGAAGAGCUCAAAGACCCUGUGUUGUGUGCCAGUAGAUGAAAACUACUUGUGUAGGUAGACAGCAUGAAAAUACACGCUUGCGUACAUACAGACCUAUACAUCUGCAUAGACUUUGUGUGGAUGUUGUUUUCGACACAUAGGAGGAUUAGAUAAAGACUUAGAUAUAGAUGAAAAAGAUACACGUGUUGCUAUGUAUAUGGAUUCACGUAUAAGGUGCUUGAGUGUUAUAGAGGAGGAAAUUAUUCAAUGUAAAAGGUGUCUACAUGCUAUCUUGGUAUGUCUUCUUACAAACUGUAAAUACAUGCUAUACUAAAACUAGGACAUUUAGUAGUUUCAGUAAACGUGCACGCAACAGGGUAGACUUGUAGCUUUGGUGACACUGUUUUGUGCAUCACUGUGCAAAUUAAUGAAGAUACCAACUAUUUCUAUAUUGGAAGAUUCUCGGAGAGAGGUAACUCAGAGUUGAAAUCUUCUGACUACUCUGUGUGGGUCUUUGUUACAACUCCACCAAUUGUCAGGAGAAAAAUUGAUUAAUAUUCCUGCAUGGCCAGUGUUGUCAUAUUAACUGAACAGAUUUGUGAAGGAUCGUCGUAAAUUAAGGGUAGAACUGAUGCUCUCAGUUUGAUACAGCUCAGUCGUGUACAGUGUACCAUGUUAGAGUCUGAUUAAUACAAGCCAUGGAACAACUGAGACAACCAUAAUUAGUAAUUAGCAGCAUUUUAUUGUUUAUUGAAUCAAAUUUACCUCUUCACUAGGAUGGAUAGUGUUUAAGUUACUGUUCCUUCUUUUGCCAUUUUCCAUGGGAGGCACAAUGUGUUUCAAGAAGUUAACAUGAAGUACGAAAAAUAAUUGUUUUGUCUCUGCCACCUUUAUAUUGCCUACAGGGGCAUCAGGAAGGUUUGACAGGUCUGUUGCCUCACCUGUAACAGACACUAGAACAGAGAGUGUGACUCAGUUUCCCUUAGGAUUGUGCCGUACUGCAGGCCCUUACCAGCAGUGUCAUUGUUAUGGUGUCUGCUCGGCAGGUGAAGCAGAUGCACAGUGUGUGUAUUUGUGAAGGCAACAGGCUUCUGCUGUGCUGACCUUGUCCCUGAGGUUCUUCAGCAAAAGCACUUGUGAGCUUGAAAGAGGGAAGUUUAUCCAGUUCGUGGAAUGAAAAGUAUAAUUCUCUGCAGAAAACACCCAUUUGGAAGAGCAAGAAUGCUGGUUCUGCAGUGGAAAUGCCCUUCAGAAAUUCAAAACGGAGUCGACUCUUCUGUGAAGAUGAUGACAGACAAAUAAACACAAGGUCUCCCAAAAGAAAUCAGAAGGUUGCGAUGGUUGCACAGAAGUUUAAUACAACAAUGCCAACACCAGACAAGAAAGUAUCACAGAAGAUUGGUUUACGGCUUCGUAACCUGCUCAAACUUCCCAAAGCUCACAAGUGGUGCAUAUACGAAUGGUUCUAUUCAAAUAUAGAUAAACCACUAUUUGAAGGAGAUAAUGACUUCUGUAUAUGCCUGAAAGAAUCCUUUCCAACUUUGAAAACCAGAAAAUUGACAAGAGUAGAAUGGGGGAAAAUCAGACGAUUAAUGGGAAAACCACGGAGGUGUUCCUCUGCAUUCUUUGAGGAAGAAAGAUCAGCAUUAAAACAGAAACGGCAGAAAAUAAGGCUUUUGCAGCAGCGGAAAGUUGCAGAUAUUUCACAGUUCAAAGAUCUUCCAGAAGAAAUUCCAUUACCGCUGGUAAUAGGAACAAAAGUUACAGCACGUUUGCGAGGUGUCCAUGAUGGGCUAUUCACUGGACAGAUAGACGCUGUAGACACUCUUAAUGCUACGUACAGAGUGACUUUUGACAGGGCAGGUCUUGGAACACACACAAUCCCAGAUUAUGAAGUUCUUAGUAAUGAGCCUCAUGAAACCAUGCCAAUCGCUGCCUUUGGACAGAAGCAACGGCCUUCGAGGUUCUUUAUGACCCCUCCCCGAUUGCCUUAUACACCUUCGCUCCAGUCUCCAAUUACAGAUAGUGAUCCUUUAUUAGGACAAUCUUCGUGGAAAAGCAAAAUUUCAGGCACAGAUAGUGAAACACUAGGCGGCUUCCCAGUAGAAUUCCUCAUUCAAGUGACCAGGUUAUCGAAAAUCCUUAUGAUCAAGAAGGAACACAUCAAACAAUUGAGAGAGAUGAAUACAGAAGCAGAAAAGCUGAAAUCCUAUUCUAUGCCAAUAGGCAUUGAGUUUCAGAGAAGAUACGCAACUAUCGUCCUAGAUCUAGAACAACUAAACAAAGACUUAAAUAAAGUUUUGCAUAAAGUUCAACAGUAUUGUUAUGAGCUUGCUCCUGACCAAGGCCUCCAGCCUGCAGACCAGCCGACAGAUCUGAGGCGUAGGUGUGAAGAGGAGGCUCAGGAGAUCGUCAGGCAAGCAAAUACCUCAACAACGGGACAGCUUUGUGUUGAAAGUGAAAAUUUAACUGACCUUAUCUCUAGGCUUACAGCAAUAUUACUGCAGAUUAAGUGUCUAGCAGAAGGAGGUGACCUGAAUUCAUUUGAGUUUAAAUCACUAACAGAUUCAUUAAAUGACAUUAAGAAUUCAAUAGACUCCUCAAAUAUCAGUUGUUUUCAGAAUAAUGUUGAGAUCCAUGUUGCACAUAUUCAGAGUGGUCUGAGCCAGAUGGGGAAUUUACACGCUUUUGCAGCUAAUAACACCAACAGAGACUGAACAUUUUCUUCCAAGUGUACAGCAAGUAAUUCUGGAAAAUCCUCUUCCUUUAUGUGGGCUUCACCAAAUAUCCUAACUGCCAGAAGAUAAGGAAAAAGAAAACCUCUCAGAAAGGACCCUUUAAAAUAUAUUCUAUCUGCUUCUUAAGAAAACCAGCAUUACUGGCCAGCGUUACAUUAGAUUUCUCCAUUUGUUAUUCACAUACCGUAGUUUUGCUAACUGGUAAUCUCUUAGUAAUUGCAUUUAUUAUAAUAAACUUGAAGACAUGCUUUCAUAUAAUUUGAACUUAGUUUUUAAAAGUUCAGAUGAAUUCUGCACACCUCUUGCUGUUGGCUCUCCUGGUAUGUUGGAAGUGAUGAAGAGGAAAUGGCUCGAAUUGGUAGCUGCACGGCCGGUCUUUGUUGUGUAAAGCUGCGCUUCAGUGUUGCCACUGGCCAUUCCAGCUUUCAGGUAGGGUGGUGACAAGGCAGGCGGAGUGUUCCUGACCUAAAGAAGCAGCAGAAGGAUGGGACAGCAAGCAGAAGCUGUAAACUUGACGAUGUUGGGCAGGUCUAGUGAUCAGUCAGUGUCUCGUCGGAACUUUUAAUUUAUCGUAACUUAUAGAAGGAGUCUAAUGAAGGAAUAUUAAAAUGUAACUGGUAACUGUCCAGAAAGAGAUUGGUUCUGGCUUUUUUUCCCCUUCACACGGGGCAAAAGAAGCACUUUAGUUGGUGUUUUAUAUAAACGACUGGUUAAACUUAUUGUUUUUCCAAAUUUUUGUUUGUUUUGCACAACUUUUAAAUUAGAUUACUGGUUAUCCAACAAUACCCAACAUGUAUAAAUACGAACAUUUUUAUAAUUAAAGAUAACCAGUGAGGUAAACUGCAAAAAUAAAAAGUGACAACCUGCCUAUGAGUACCUUUUGGAAUGUUAAUCUUGUAAAAAGUGUGUAUUGGUUUGUUUAAAUAGUCUUGUAAAGCUUCUGUGUAAUGAAUUGUUUCCAGAUAUGAAUUUUCAGAGAUAGCUGUAGAGAUGUUUUUGAUUCUUUUAGAUGCCUCAUUAAAUGAGGUCUUUUAUAUGUUAAUGUAUAAAGAAUAUGUAAACAGGAUUAUUUUCAAUUUUCAAAUUUUGUAUAGUUUAAAGAUGCUUCUGUAUUCUGUGUUGGUAUUGUGCCACUGCAAAACUUUAGUGCAGAGUUUAUAUUUAGCUAAACUUGUUCUGUUAAUUAAGAGAAAUGCAUAAAUCUUUUAUUCUCAAGGAAAUUUGUAACUGAAUAAAUUGACCUAUGAGAGUUGAUAUAUUUCACAAAAAUGCAAA